CGUGCGGCCAAGAUGCAUCCCGCCAAGUUCGCUCGGCUCAUGCGGGUGGCCAUCAUCGGCAGGCCCAACGUGGGGAAGUCCUCGCUGUUCAACCGUCUCAUCGGAAGGCAACAUGCGCUUGUUUACAACAAGCCGGGAGUGACGAGAGACUGUCUGUUUGAGAAGGCGGAGUAUGGGGGUUUCACCUUCGAGGUGGUUGAUACGGCGGGGCUGGAUGAUGGGGUUGACAUGCAGGAGGACGAGGCGGAGAUGAGAAAAGCGGGUCCUCAGAUGAAGGCGAGUGGGAUUGGACGAUGGCCAGCCCACUUGCUGACGGAGGCGCUCGAGAAUACAUCGCUCGUGGUGAAGAGCUCGGAUCUUGUUCUCUUCAUGGUGGAUCAGCGUGUCGGUCUCACUCCUCUUGACUGGCAAUUCGCGCGAUGGCUGGCGAUGAAGAACAAGCCGACGCUUCUGAUCUCGAACAAGGCAGAUGGGAAUGUCAGCCCGUUGGAUGAGAACUUGGCGAAUAUCAGCGUGACUGGAAUGAAAGAUGUCAAGAAAUUGGGGUUGGGGGAGCCGUUGCAUAUCUCAGCAACACAGAACGAGGGGAUGAGCGAGCUGAUCAUGCACAUGGCUCCGAUCAUCAUGGGUGUUGACCGAAAGAAUCGACAAAUCUCGACAGAAUGGAAGAGUGAAGAAGAAAGACGGUUGAGACUUCUCAUUCUGGGGAGGCCGAACGUUGGAAAGAGCACGCUGGUCAACGCGCUAGUUGAAACGCAGGCUGACGAGAAAAAGGAAGAUUUUGUUCCCCUCCUAGUGGGGCCCGAGCCCGGAAUCACUAGGGACCCUGUUUCUGUUAUCUUCGAGCAUCAGGGGCAGCAAAUUGAAGUGAUCGACACGGCCGGUCUGCGAAAAAAGGGCAAAACCAUGCAACAUGGCGACGCGAUCGACAUCAAGACUUCAUAUGCUUCUCUCAAGAGGGUCCCACGCGCCGAUCUGGUCAUCCUGCUCCUUGAAAUAAACAAGCAGACGGGCCUCCUGACAGAGCAAGACAUCACUCUUGCGACAGAGGUUAUAAAGGAAGGGAAAGCGAUUCUGGUUGCGGUCAACAAGUGCGAUACCCUCUCGAAAGAAGAACUUGCUAAUGUCAAGAAGAGCAGCCCAAGGAUCUUGAACAUGUGCUUCAAUCAACUGGGAGAAGUUCCCACAGUCUUCAUUUCAAGUCAAAAUCGUCUAGGACUGAAGCAGCUGAUGACUGAAGCGAUCAGUCUCCAUGAGAAGUCGAGGACGAAGCUAUCAACCGCUGAUCUGCAGCGAUGGGUCCAUGACAUCAAGAGGAUAGGGAAGAUGAGCCCUCCCACCUUUCCGAACCUCAAGUUUGCCAGACAAGUCGACACCAAACCUCCUACCAUUGUCUUGACAUGCUCGAGGUCCGUCAGGAGUACGACAGCGUACAUGGCGUACUUGACGAACGAUUUUCGUAGGACAUUUGGUCUGGACGGGGUUCCGCUCCGAAUCUUACUCAGAGAAGAGCUUUCGCAAGCAAAGAAACAAUAGCAGCGCUUUUAUGAGUGCUCCCGACUCUACCGUCCGUCGCUCUGAGUAAACUUUUCACUGAGUUUUG